AUGCCAGCUUCUCUAUACGUCAACAAAGAAGCACGAUAUGUUGGUCAAGGACUUUAUUUAAGGAGUCAUUUCCUGAUGUCUAUUCUCGAAACCGAGAAACCGGUCUAUUUUCGCGAGGACCUGGAUAUACUUCAUUUUUCGGGCUGGUUCACCUUCAAUACUUUUUGUGUACAAUUUACAUUUAUGCAGACGAAGGAGACAUCCGUCAGGCUUGCGAUGGAAGCAAACCGUCGCGUCAUAAUUCCUUAUGAUGAGGAAGAUAUUCCGUUGCAUCUUCGAUGUGUCGUUUGCAUGCAUAAUAAUCGGGACUUGAAUCCGAGAGAACGUCUAGAUGACUACAUCAAAAAUGUUGCCGUGGGAACGGAAUCAUUUGGACUAUCCGAGCGAAUCAAUGCUGAAAAAUUCGCAGUCAAGCAGACCCAAAGAAUGCAAAAACUGCGAAUAAAAGCACUUCAAUAUAUGAACUGGGGCUUUAAUAAGCUUAACACUUUAGUGCUGGGAAUGGAUAUUCAUUUGGUUUCGGAUACGAUGCAUCAGAGAAGACCUGAAUGGGUGGAAGACCGCUGGAGGUUCAAAGAGGAUAUCAUGAAAUACUUGACAGACAAGGCGUUUGUGGAGAUAGAAUUUUUGUCGAAGAAAGAAAGAAUUCGUAGAGAGAUUUGGAGAUUGGGAUCCUCGGAUUAA